GUGCCUUCUCGUACCACCAGGUGUACGCGUACCCCCAUUUGAUAACCACUGAAUUAGAUUAUUCCAUUUGUUUCCUCACGACAGUGCAUUCAACUUUUCCGGUGAACUGUGUUGCUAUGGAGCCCCUGGCAGCCAUCAUGUAGGCUUGGCUGUAAACAUUUCAGGGUUGUUGCACAAGCUUUGCUGCAGACACCAGCCCCAAUAUAUUGACACAGCGAUAUUAACUUUGUGUGUCCAAUUUGCAAAUUAGGCAAGAUCCUAAAGAUAAAUCUGUAUCUUAAAAAAAAAAAAAAUGCCGAUAGCUAUCGUUCUGCAUGACAGAAUUCUGCUAACCUGUUGGGCAAGUUGAAGAAGAGACAUGGUUCCAUAAUUGUAGUGAACAAGUCUGGGGAGAGAGCGAGAGGUAGGUGGAGUGGAGGAGGGGUUUUAAUCAUCCCCCAAAAAAACGUGCCACGCCCUAGUUGUCGGGGCUAGUAAGAGCAAGCAGCAGGAAUGUGAACGGAAUGAGUGGGAGUGUAAAAGUCCUGCCAGUCACAUGAAUUAGUGUAUGACCUUCUGCCCGGAGAGCUGCAGUUUUGUUCCACCAUCGAGAAGAACCCAUUAGCCAUGAGCCAAACCAGUGGUGGAGAAUCCGGGACCCCUUCAGCUGCUAUAGCUUCAGAUGGCAUGCCCUGCUCUAUGACCAUGGAUGGCCCCCGCAGUGCUUUUUCCACCUCUUCCAGUUCGACCCAACAAUGCAGUUCUUCAGCCAGUGACCCUGCACACUGUGGCAAUGUCGACCCAGAAGACAUCAGAACUUGCAGAGCUGUACCAGAGAGCCUUGGUGCUGAAGGUGGGAGUGCCAACGGCAAUGGCGGUGGUCAUUGCCUGCCCGCCGCUGAGGGUGGAGGAGGUUUAGGUGCGACAUCCCAGGAAGAUCAGCCCCAUCAACACAUGAUGCCCCCGAAGCGCCGCACCGAACUGAACAUUUCUCCGCCUCCGCAAGACUUACUUAGCGAUAGUCACAUGUCCUGUCAAGCUGAAACAUCAUUGGACUCGGAGCACAGCAACAGCAUCUGGAUGGAAGACUCUCUCUCCAACUUCAGUAUCAUGAGCACAACCUCCUACAACGACAACACAGAGGUGCCACGAAAGUCACGGAAACGAACCCCACGACAAAGGCCGGGGCUCAAAUCUUUGCUUACCAAUGAAGCCAGCAUGGAUGUUUUUGAUGCGGACAGUGCCAAAGCACCACACUUUGUCUUUUCCCAGCUCGGCACGGACAACAAGACUGCACAAAAAGGAAGUCCACAAGAAAAUGCUCGGGCGCCUCACCAAAAAGGAGUUCUUUCCAUGCAAUACCCAUCUAAGAGUGAACAGAAGGAGCUGAAGAUCCUUGUUCAGCCUGAGCCACAGCACCGGGCUCGCUAUCUGACGGAGGGCAGCAGAGGGUCUGUGAAAGACCGCACUCAGCAGGGCUUCCCUACUGUAAAGCUGGAGGGUGUGAAUGAGCCAGUCAUAUUGCAAGUUUUUGUGGGAAUCGAUGCUGAGCGGGUGAGGCCCCAUGGAUUUUACCAAGCUUGCAGAGUGACCGGCCGCAAUACCACAGCCUGCAAAGAGGUGGACAUUGGGGGCACAACUGUCAUUGAAGUCCCCUUGGACCCAAGCACCAACAUGACCUUAGCUGUGGAUUGUGUUGGCAUCCUGAAACUCCGAAAUGCCGAUGUGGAGUCUCGCAUCGGCGUGGCAGGGUCAAAGAAGAAGAGUACGCGUGCUCGGCUUGUGUUUCGGGUCAACAUCCCACGUCCAGAUGGUUCAGUGCUCACACUCCAAACGCUUUCAUCUUCCAUACUUUGCACUCAGCCGGCUGGAGUACCAGAGAUUCUGAAGAAAUCACUGCACAGUUGCUCAGUGAGGGGCGGAGAAGAGCUCUUCAUCAUUGGCAAGAAUUUUCUCAAAGACGCGAAAGUCAUAUUUCAAGAGAAUGUCUCUGAUGAAACCUCGUGGAAGACGGAGGCGGAAAUUGAUAUGGAAUUGUUUCACCAGAAUCAUUUGAUCGUGAAGGUUCCACCUUACCAGAACCAAAGCAUCACCUCUGCUGUGUGUGUGGGGAUCUAUGUGGUCACCGUCGCUGGCAGAUCCCAUGAUGUUCAACAGUUUACUUACAACCCAGACGCAGGAAACACUGAAGUUUUUGUGAAGAAAGAGACAUCAUCUCCAGUGAAGACAUGUCCCUUUGACGAUAAAAGUAAAGUUCUGAGGCCCUGUAUGUUGCCUCAAGUCAAGAAAGAAGAAGUCAUGCCAAUGGAGGUCACCAACAACCUCCAAACCACUGGGGUGUUCAAGCAGACACUGGAUCUCUGUCCAGCCCAGCAGAACCCAGAAAUGUCUGCGGGCCAUCUAAAUAACAACAGAGAAUUUUCCAACUCAUUACCACAGUCCUCAGGCGACCCCGACAAGAGCCAGGCCCCAGUUUUUACCAACACAGAGGCCCUAACUACAAUCCAGCCAAUAGUGGGUCUUGGACAGGAGAGGCAAGUCAGCAGCUCUGGGUCUACGGUGAGGCCAUGUGGUGAUCCUGGACCUCAGCUGCCCAUGUUCCCUUCAGACGAAGUGGCCCAGUUAGAGGAGGCAGUAAGACAGCUUAAGCCUGAAGCGUUUGGUUUGCCACUUCAGUCAGACAACUCAAUGGCCAACCAACAGCACCAUAUGCAACACCAGCAGAUCCAAAACCAGCAACUUCAGCAGCAACAGCAGCAAAUUCAUCAGCAGCAACUGCAGCAGCAGCAGCAGGUGCUGGAGAAUCUGCAACAGAUAUUCCAAUCACAAAUUCAAAUGCAGUGUGUGAAUGUGGAGCAGCAGGGCUCCUCACAAGGUGCUCUGCCAAACCAGGGAUCGCUUUUCCAACAGGCUCAGCAGCAGCAGCAGCAGCAACAGCAACAACAAACGUCUCUCUUUCAGCAGACCACUGAUCUGCUCUCUAUUCAGACCAACUUCCUCCAGCAAACACCCUCACACUCCUCACCACCAGCGUUCCACAAUCCCAGUCCCUUGGCUGAAGCGCAUGAUCCCCAGGGAGGUCUGUUUCAUAGCCAGAACGCCUCUCACACUCCAGAGCAGGUGCAGGCCGUGCUCUUCCAAAACCCCAUGACAGUUUUGCCCUCCCCUGACCAGCAACCUUCAACCCCUAUUCUUUUCCUCCCCCAGACGUCUCUUUCAGGUCAGCUUCCGACCAAUAGUAGCCAACAGCAGCAAUUGGCCUUCCUCAGUGCUCUCCAAACACCUGCCCCCGAACAACAAUCGGUGUUUCAGGCUCAGGCUCAGACUCAGCUCUCUCCCAUUCAGCAAGGAGCACCGAUGGAGCAACAGCAGCCUUCCCAGCCUCAGCCCCUCGCUCAGCCAAGUCAACAGCAUUGUUUGUUUCAGAACCUCUCUCAGCAUCCACCUGCAAAUGCGCUGCCUCCAGCUCAACAACAGCCAGCUGGGCUACUAUUCUGUAACAACCCCCUGCCGACCACAGACCAGACAUCCAACAUCCUCUUCAGCAAUCAGGGGCAGAUGCCUCCUUUGACCAGCAGUAGUCUAGUUUCCCGAGAGCCCGAGAACGCUUCGCUGCUUUUCUCACAGGCCAGCAUGGUGACGGUAAACCAACAAGUCCGCCCCGAGCCCAUGGCCUUAGGUAACCCUAAUGACACACGCCAGCAAGUAUUAUAUCAGGCUCAGCAACCAAUGCAACUUGGAAACACCACAAACAAUGGGCAAGAGCGGUCUGUGGGGCUCUUCAUGCGUCCGCCGAACAUGGCCUCUCUGCAAGGCGGAUUGUCUCAGGAGCUCGCACAGUCAGCCAUGUUUGCUUCACCGAAUGGCGUGGCGAGCCUCCAAACAACCACUUCAUCUCCUGUUCAGCAGCCAGGGACUCUAUUCCAAUCUGCAGUUGGUGGGACCAUCGGUCAGCCCAGCCAGGCUCAAGAAUCUGAACUCUUCCUUUUUGGAAUUCAAAAUGAAUGUGGUCAGCUGAUGAGCGCACCAGGAAAUACACUGUCUGACCAUCUCAUUGCCAUCAGCCAGUCUGGUCAAAACCAAAGAGAGAGUGAGGCCUGCAUUCAGUCGCUCUUCAACCAGUCACCGUCACAGUCAGUGACGGCGCAGAGCGGCUUGAAAGCCUCGCGGAGCAUGGAGAAAAUUGAUAACCUGCUGGUCAGCCAAGAGCCGGGCAACGGCAUAACCCGUUCUUUCUAAUUUUCGGAAAGAUUUGUGGAUUUUUUUUCCAUUUCUUUCUUCCUAUAUUAUCAAAUGUGCACGAGGGGUCAAAAUAUUAUGAGAUGAUUGGAGAUGGAAAUGGGCCAUAGAUUGUGUUCUGCUCAUUUGAUUUCAUCGGUGGCCCCGAAUUAUUUUUUUAAGACAACUCUUUGAAAACAUCGCUAUGUGAACUAGAUUUGAGUGAUAUAGAUUGACUGUAUAUAGACAGAGAAAAAUAGCUGUCCAGCACGGCGCAGUAGAAGUGGAAGGAAAGUUUGAGCAGAGUGUGCUAUGAAUGUAAUAUGGCGGUCAUGUGGUUGAAAGGAGCAGAGAAAGUGUUAUGAGAGGAAAUCGGUAGACUAUUCUAUAUCAUAUUUAAUGAAAUAACAUUGUCGAUACGUUUGUGCCUUUGUAGGAGUUACUUGAGAUCUCAGCAUUAGCCAAAUACUGUAAAUCCUGCUUUAAUUUGUUUUCGACUUAACUUUUGCUGCAGGAGGGUUGAUAAAACAAAGUCAAGCAAGUGCACUAAUUACGCUGUAAUUGAUUUGUAUUUUGGACUAGAGGAAAAUCAUUUGAAUGAUAUCUAGUGGAAUACAAUGGUGACUUGAAGGAAAAAUGAUUUAUAGUUACUUUGAUUAAAUUACCCGUUUUUCAAGAUGGGUAAAACGACCCAUACAAAGUUUUUAUAGGAAUCAUUUGUUUAUAUUAUCACAUCUUGAAAUGUAACAUCAUUAGUAAAAGAUAGCAGUGAAGUAGAGGUACGUAAGGAACUUUUAAAGAAAAAGUGUUCCAAAAGGUUUUGUAUAAUAUUUUUAUGAGACUGGGUCUACUUAAUACAAAUAACGGAAUGUAAACUAGUUCAAUAUUGUGUCAUUUGUCCUUUAGAGUUCCAUGGAUGGACUCAACUCUGCGUCAGGUACGCGUAACCAAGGGUUGUUGUAUCAUUGUUGUUCAGAAGUUUGCCUUGACCAGGAAGGAAUGUUUGCUUUGCUGUCGCUUCUGAAAGGAAAUUCAUGCUGUUUGUCAUUAAGGCAAUCCAGUUCUAGGAGUGAAUGUUUCAGGCGCAAUUUGUGUGGAGCACGCAUACGCCACUACGUGAAUUUCAACACUCCAGGCUGUUCCGUUCAGCAUGCUUUUAAGUUUUAAAAUAAGUGGACAAAGCUGUCUCGGGCAGUUUGUUUGGCUCUAAUCAGGUGAGAAUUGGGACAAAAUUAUUGCUACCUGAGCCACUGUUUCACUCCAGAGAAUGUGUGUUACAUACAGUGGAUAUAAAAAGUCUUACACACCCCAGUUCAAAUACAAAUCCAUUUUUUUGUGACAUAUAAAAUGAGACUGUGAUAAAUCAUUGUAAAGCUUUUCCCACCAUUAAUGUGGCCUAAAACUUUUCAGAUGGAACUUGGGCCUUAUACAAGGUGGAAGGAAUUAUGAGCAGUUAAAAAUCACAUACAAAAUGCAAUAAUACAAAAUCUUCAGUAUUCUACUAACCAGCAAAAAAAAAAAAAAAUGUCAGGAAAAGCCUACUAGAAACACAGGUUUUUAUUUGGUGUUAAAUGUUAACCUUAAAUGGUGAAUGUUUGUGCUGACUGGUGCUGAGUUGAAUGUGAUUGAUUCAUUUUGAACAUCCCAGUUAUAAGAGGAUGUUUACACUCAGGUGAGCACAUUAUUUCAGCUGUUAUUUGUACUUCCCAUGCCAAAAAGUUUUU